GGCUGACAAGGUGGCAUAGUUCACGAAUGGCAAUGACAUCACCGACUCAAAAUGGACUACUCGUUUCACGGUGAGCAUUUAUCUAUGAAGAUUAUGACUUUACACUCAUGGACGCAAGAUUGCCUCGCCGUCCAAUUCGAGCGUGCCACCUCAAUACCCUCAGCAAUCGAACGGUGAUCCAAUUCCAUGGGGAGUCGGCGUUAUGGUGUCAUCUUACAACGAGACCGAUUCAUCGGCUAAGUUCUCUACUAGCAAUGCUACCUCUAGCGCUAGCAGAGCUCCCAACACCGCCUGGAGCGCGAAUUCUACCACUGCUGCAUCUGAUCCUGGCGAGACUGGUGGUCAAGAUCCUGCUGCUGGGAAUUCUGGCGAUCCUGAAGGGGCUUCUGCGAUCCAGAAUGUCAAGGCUAGCCAGGAUCACGACGCAAACAGGGACUCGGCGAGUACCUUCUCUGCAGAUCCCGAUGAAUCAACUGGUACUAUGAGUGUUACGAAGACUCGGCAUCGCAGUCAUUCUACGGAAGCCACCCCCGCUCAGGACACCAGCACUGCGGAUCUAGACUCUCACGACUCUGCGGAUACCAGUCACGGAGGGUCCGACUCGUCUUCUGAUCAUCACUCGGAUGGUGCAAAUGCAGACUCGGAUGACGGGAAUGACAGGGACGACGGGGAUGACGGGGAUGACGGGGUCGCCGAUCAAUCCACGAUGACCAGCUUGUUCGCGUCCUCCUCACACAUGCGGAAGGGCCAGGGUACCAAGACUGCUUCGCCCAGCGAUAGCUCUAUGGACCACGCUAGCUCGACUGGCACGCUCGCGCCUACGAUCGCCCUUCCUUCCAAGCACGAACGGGUCGCACAGACUCCCGCUGCCUCUGCUCCUGCUACUCCAUCUGCGACAAGCAGCAGCAUUCCUUCCUCACAGCCUACUGGGGUUCUGGAUGGAAAAGGUGGCGUCAAAUUGGCGAAUAGUGCUGGUCGUCGUCUUUGUGCUCCGGAAGCUCCGGUCUGGAUUUGUGGCCUGCUCGUUGCUGCUUUCGUACUGUGAUGAUGCAAUUGUAUACUUACAGGAUACCUUAAUGAAUUACUCUUGCGAUGAACUACGCU